AAAAAUUGUGUUAGUUUACGAGAAAUGUUGAUACCUUUUGUAUUCCUAAGCUUGUUCACAUGGUCGGCCACAGAAUCCAGCAGUGAUUGUAGGCUGAGAAGCGUGCACGUAAGGCAAGAUGGCGGGCUAUGCUUCGAGGUCCUUCCGUGGCAGCUGCAGCCAGUGGACCUGGACAACCAUUUGAACCACAUGCGACAAAAGCUGAGAAACAGAACUUCUACGGAGUAUAGAAAAGUGUCUCCCCGUCAAGCACUCGUUAAUAGCGAAGUAUCCCGAUACGUGGACACCGUUCUGGCCCCAUUCCUCGACGCUUACCACAGGAACAUCCAGACUUCGUACCAGCAGUUCACGGCCAAGCUGCUGCGCCGGAUCAAGGAGGAGAUCAAUCAGGCGGUGCAGAAGAAACAGAAACUAUACGACGAGCUUACCAAACUGGCUAAUGAACUUAAUGUGCCGCCAUCCUGCGAUGAAGAACGCCGCGCCGCCCGCACCCUGGCCAGCCAACACGUCUCCGACAUCCACAAGUGCGUGGAGGCGGCCAGAGACGGCAUCGCUCAGAUGGGCGUAUACGCUGACGAAAUGAUACAACUAACCAGACAGCACAUGCAAUCACAGUUAAAUGAUGCUACAAGGUCGUUUAAUGAGGGUACUGUGGUUAUACCGAAGGGUGACGUACCAGCCUGUAUGCAAGAAUUGUCCCGCGCGGCAGCCAACCUCGGAUACGAGUUGGACCUGACGCUGACGAACGCCCGCCGGUACAACGAUCAAGCGUGCGAGCAGCUCUCGACGUGCAGCAAUCGCGCGCGCCGCGUCUCGGACGAGGCGGCUGCUAAACUAAGAGAACAAUUGUAUCAAUGCGUUUAUGCUUAG